AUGCACUGGAGAAAUGUAUUGAGGUUUGCUAGAAAUGAUGCUAUAGAAUGGAAAGUAACUGAUGCUCAUCAGGAGAGGGUAAAUUCAACAGAUCAGACGCAGAAUCAGAGGGUUGAUGAGCUGAAGAGGUGGAGAUUACCAACACAGGGAAGAUUAAAGUGUAAUGUGGAUGGGUCCUUCUAUAAUGAGACUAUAGAGGCUGCAGCAGGUUGGGUCCUUCGUAAUGAGGAAGGACAAUUUAUAGGAGCAACACAAGCUAGGGGUGGUAAAAUCGGUACAGCACUGGAAAGCGAAUUACAGGCUAUUUUAAUGGCUCUGCAACAUUGCUGGGCUCUGGGGCACAGAAAAAUUAUUCUUGAGAGUGACUGCAAGAAGGCCGUUGAUAUUAUCAAUAACAAGAGUCUCAACUUUGCAAUGUAUAAUUGGACAAGGGAAAUCAGAUGGUGGAUACAGAAGUUUCAAGAAAUCAAGCUUCAAUGGAUUAAAAGGGAAGGAAAUAAACCUGCUGAUAAGCUUGCAAAAUCCAUCACGUCUACAAUGGCUCCAUUUUAUUAUCAUUUCUAUGUACCAAAUGUCAUAACUGAUCUUCUUCAUGAAGAUUAUGUAUUCUCACAUUUAUCAUAA